AAAAGUUUUCAUUCUGGGUCGGUUGGCUGACUCCUACAGUAAUAAUAUACAGCGCACUUAUGACAAAUAUCACAUUUCCGAUCAUCAACCGGAGGAGCAUGGAUCAGAUAACAAAGAGAAUAACUAUCGACGGGCUGGACGAAAUUGACUUCCCCAACUACUCUUGCCCCUCGUCUAACUGCUCGGAGGGGGAGGACUGGGAGCUGGCGUGCGACGGUGCGGUUGAAAUGCAGGCCUUCCACGCCUGGUUCCAGCCCCUGGCGUACGGCGUCAUGCUCCUGCUGGGUGUGACAGGAAACGGGCUCCUAUUGGCCGUCCUGCUGCGGCGCCGGACCCGCCUGCGCGCCACCGAGGUCUACCUGCUCCACCUGGCGGUGGCCGACCUGCUCCUCCUCCUCACCUUCCCCUUCUCCGUGGCCGAGCACGCGGUGGGCUGGCUCUUCGGCGACUUCCUGUGCGCGGCGCUGGGCUUCCUGCGCAGCCUCAACUUCUUCUGCGGCGUCCUGCUGCUGGCGUGCAUCAGCUUCGAGCGCUACCUGGCCGUGGUGCACGCCGUACGCAGCCUGCGGGGCCGACGCCCCCUCACUGGCCACCUGACCUGCGCCGCCGUCUGGCUGGUCAGCGCGGGGGUCUCCGCCCCCAUCUGCGCCCUGCUGUCCGUGGAGGAGGGGGGGGCGGCGGGCGACCAGCCCUGGUUCCGCUGCCGUCCCCACAGAAACGGUAUCCACGACAGCAACUGGGUGCUGGCCAGCCGCGCGCUGACGCUGUCGCUGGGCUUCUUCCUGCCGCUGGCGGUGAUGACGUACUGCUACGCGGCGGUGAUCCUGGCGCUGUGCCGCAGCCGCCACCGCAGCCUGGAGAAGCACGGCGCCGUGCGGCUGGCCCUGCUGGUCACCGCCGCCUUCUGCCUCUGCUGGCUGCCCUACAACGUCGCCGCCCUGCUGGACACCCUGGUCAUGCUGCGGCUGGUGGCGGUGGAGAGCUGCGACGCCCUGACGCGGUCCAAUCAGGCGCUGGCGGUGACGGAGGGCGUCGGGUACGCGCACUGCUGCCUCAUCCCGCUACUGUACGCCUUCCUGGGCGUGCACUUCCGCCGGGAGCUGAGGCAGCUGCCCUGCGCCGCCGCCUGCUGCCUCCGCUGGGGCGGGUGGCCCAGCCUGCCCUCCUCACGGCUCCACAGCACCACCCAGCCCUCCUGGUCCGAGGGGGCGGUCACCACCGCCACCAAGGUCAUGUGACUCGCCUCGCUCCGCCCACCAACCCACCCGCCAAUGAAAUCCACGGCAAUUUGACCAGAGGGAAAGUGGGACUCAUUCAGCAGUGUUGGUUUU